AUCGAAAUCAGCAGUCAAGUCAAAGAUCUUCAAUAUACUUCCGCGUGUGCCGCUGGUGCUUUGGUGUUAGUUGUGGGUUUGUUGCCAACAUGGUUGGUUUUUGGUACAGUAGAUCCUUGCUACUAUUUGCAUCCGUCAUCUUGUUGUCACAAUCUUCUGCUCCACGAUGUGGCCAGGUGCAGAAGAUGAAACAGGGACUCAUCUCUGGCGGUACUACAUCUGCACCGGGCAUGUGGCCAUGGCAUGUGGCACUGUUUCAUCAGGAACCCUCCUUUACAGAGUCGUACAAAUGUGGCGGCACGAUCAUAAACACCGUCACUAUUCUUACUGCAUUUCACUGUGUGGCGGUAGAUGAACGACCGAUCCCGGCGGAUCGAAUCAUAAUCCGGGCGGGAUUGUUUGAUCUGUUGAUGGAUAGCUCUACCAGGCAGGAAAAUAAAGCGUUUAACAUUAUCUUUCCACCGAAAGCAAGUGCAAAAACGUUAAAUAACGACAUAGCGAUACUGAAGAUGAAAUUCCAGUUUAGCUACGGCGACUACGUACAGCCCAUUUGCAUACGAUCAGCUCUGCAAGACAUUGAAAAGUUGGAGGGUGUAUUUGGGACAAUAGUUGGAUGGGGCUAUACGAACCAAACAACUCGUUCAGCCCAAUUGCUGGAGGCUUACAUACCGGUGGUGAGUGCGAAGGAUUGUUUGAAAAGUGAUCGUACAUUUUACCAACAAGUUCUAAAGACGAAAGUGUACUGCGCUGGCAGCCGGAAUGGUACCUCCAGCUGUAAAGGUGAUAGCGGUGGCGGCAUGUUCUUCCAAAUAGGUGGCUACUGGUUUUUGCGCGGGUUAACAUCGUUUUUCAAGCGGGACGAAACUAGCUUGGUCUGUACUUCGAAAGAGUAUAUUGUGUAUACCGAUGUGGCGAGAUAUCUGGAUUGGAUCCGUGAUCAGGAUGUAGAGUUUUACGAUCCGCUGGAGAACGCACCAAUAGCCAAUGAUGUUCCGGCCAAUUAUAGCAAUAUGCUGCUACCGCUAUCGAUCGACCCCGAGAAGGAAGAGUUCUUGCUGCAGCAUACAAGCAACGUAAGCACACCGAUAAUCGAACCUGUUCCGAGCGAUGAUAACCCGACGCUGCUACGACUAACGGUUGACCCCAAGACGAAGAAGUUCUUGCAGCAGCAUAAGGGUAAAUUGUUGCUUAGGGUGAAGCUGAAUGGCAGAAAAGCGGAGAGUUUAUUCCAAUAGAUACCAUUCGAAUCGUACUCAUCUGCGGUGUGUGACGGUGUUAAGACUCUUAAAGAAGCGACAUGAAAUCUAUCUCCUUGCCUGUACUUAUCCUCCUGCUAACUGGUGCAACGGUUGUCAUCAGCUCCAGCCAAUAUCGUAAUCCUUUCGAAGCGGCACAAGGCUGUCUACAGUAUGACAACGUUCCCGACUAUAAUGCAACAUUAGAAUAUUUUGCGACGGACAACUUUAGACACGUUGGCAGUACGGAAACCUCAAAGUAUAUUCGAGUGGGGAUGGUUGGACUCACCGAUGGCACAAUACGCUACGGAAAUGUUCCUUAUCCCUAUGAAGAGAGUGUCGUCGAAAUUUUUCUUGCCGGAUUAACAGACCAAAAGUCGGAGAUAAAUCAUCAAAUACGUACCGGCACCGCUGACUACAUAAACACCCAAGUAAAGGCCCAGUCGACUCCAAACAUCAUGUCCAAAACGCGUCCUUUUAUGUUCCGUUUAGAGGUAUUUG